AGCACUGUGCAUAAAAACCGGUGUGUGUGCGUGCGCCCCAGCAAAACUGCGCACACAUACACCAAGUUCAAGCGUUCAACCCAGAUACUCAAUUGCAGAGGAGACCCAGCAGCCCGGCCAUCAUCCAGAGGAGGAACUAAGAAGAGAUCGAGAGACACCGGCCGCCUCUCCUUUUCGUGUGGGGCUCUCUGAUGCUUUCUUCCCCGCGCCCAUCUUCCAUCCACGCAACAAGGAAUCGAAUUCUUAAUCCAACUUUGCCCAAAAUAAUUUUCCUCGCACCAAUUCGUCUCCAUUUUUUUUGUUUCUCCUUCUUUGACCGAGAUUGGUGAGCGAGUUGACAUAUAUACCCAUGGGGCCGCCGCCUCCUCAACCUCCGCACGGGCCCUGUCGUCUCGGCGCCGCCUCGUGGACAUGGGGAAUCGGGGAGUAGGGCCGGAGCAGUGACGGGAUGGAGGGGGCCGACGGCGGAGGAGCAGCCGGGCUGAGGUUCCUCCUCCGGUUCGAUCCGGAGAAGCAGCCGGGGCUCGACAGGACAACCCUGCUCGGGGUCUCGCUCUCCGCGCUGCUCUCCCGCCUCAUCGGGUGGAGCAGGGACGGCGGCUGGGGGAGAGGGUCCCCAGCGAUCGCGGGGGAGGAAGCUGCCAUCGGCGGCGGCGGCGGCGGGUCCGGGAACGCCGCCGUGUCCGCCGCCGCGCUUGCCGCGGCGGUUUCGCUUUGCCUCGCGGCGGUGUACGCGUCUGACCAGCGCCCGCGCCGCGCUCCGCCGCCGCAGCGUCGGCGUCGGCGACGGCCGCUGCCUGCGCCGGAUUCAGUGGAUUUUCCUGCAGCUGCGAGCUCGAGGCCUCGUGCUCUGCCGGCGCCCGAAGACGGGCUCAGGAUUCUGUCGUCCAACGAUGAGUCUUCGGAGAACGUGAUUCACGGCGCGUCCGUCGGCACCGGAGACGACGAGCCGGAUAUCGUCGCGCGAGUGGUGAUGAUCGAGGCCGCGCCGGCCGAAACCGCCGGAGCGAAUGCCGACGACGGAGCGGAGCCGGACGGGUCGGGGGAGGAAGAGCGGCAGCGGCAGCGGCAGGAGCACGAGCGGCUGCGGGAGCUGUGGCUGUCGCUGCUGGAGCGCGAGCAGAGGCUGGAGCUCCGGCUGCAGGAGCUCGAGGGCCUCCGGGCGCAGGAGGCUGCCGUGCGGGAGCUCGAGGGCCGCGUCGCCGCCGCCGCCGCGGAGGAGCGGCUCCUCCAGCUGAGGGUCGCCACUCUGCAGGAGGAGAACGGGAGCCUCCGGGCGCAGGUGGAGGAGCUGGGCGCCAUCCGAGCCGAGCUGGCGCGCGCCAAGGAGAAGCUGCGCGCGACCAAGGCGCGGGUGCAGGCCGAGCUGGAGGAGGCGGCGGCGCUCCGGGCCAAGGUGGCAGAGCUGGAGAGGGGCCGCGAGGAGACGGCCGGUGCGCUGGCCGCGGAGGUCGCGGAGCUCCGGAAGGCGAACGCCGCGCUGGAGGAGAACUUGGAGCUCGCCCUCAGGCUGCAGGAUGCACGGCAGGCUGCUGCAUCCUCUGUUGAUCCAGCUCUUGAGGAGGACAUGGCUGAGGAGGCGAGGUACCUGAGGGAGAGCAACGAGAGGCUGACGAGGCAGAUCGAGCAGCUUCACGACGACCACUGCGCGCACCUCGAGGAGCUCGUCUACCUCAAGUGGGUCAACGCCUGCCUCCGCCACGAGCUCCGCGACCACGACGGCCGCCCGAGCACCCAGCACCCGGACAUGUCGGCCCUGGAGCUGAGCCGGAGCAUGAGCUUCCGCUCCAGCGAGAGGGCCAAGCAGCUGAUGCUCCUGUACGGCCACCCCGGCCUUCAGGGCUUCGACCCCGCCCUCUUCUCCCCGCUGCACGAGUCCGUCGACGGCGACGCGCGGUCGCCCUACUACGAGCCCGAGAGGAGCCCUUAUGCCAUGUCAGAGAAGCCGACGACGUCCGGCGGCGGCGACGGCGGCGGCGCGGCGGGGGGGAAGAAGGCCGGGCAACGCAAGCUCAAGUUCCUGGGCAACAUCAAGAAGCUCCUCCCAGGCGGCGGCAAGCGAGGCCACUCAUCAAGCCACGGGCACGGCGGGCGCGACGGCGGCAGGAAGGCCCCGGCGGCGGCGGCGCCGAGCGACGAGUACCUCGAGAAGGCCAUGCGGUGGCUGUCGACCCACGACGUGCUCGACGGCGACCACUCGUACGAGAGCACGCCGCUGUCGUCGUGCGCGCGGACGCCGCUGAGCAGCGUGACGACCGCCACGACCGCGGACUCGCGCGCGCGCGGCGGCGGCCACAGCGAGCGCGGGGAGGCGACGCGCCACCAGGCGGAGGCCGGGCCGGCGAUGCUGGCGCGGUCGAAGAGUGACGCCGGCAGGUCGUACGGGCGCGAGGCGAGCCCGUACCACGCGCUCCGGCCGGACCACCAGGCCUCCGGCGCCGGGGUCGAGCCGGACGGGUUCCGCGCGCCGGAGAAGCGAGAGCCGAGGAGGCGGUCGGAGGAGCUGAGGAGCCCGGCGGCGGCAUGAUGACGACAGAGUGUGAUGGUAUGCUUGCUGUAUGCAAAAGGUAGGGUUUUUUGUGAAUAUUUGUGAUCAAUGUUGAAGGCAAUGAAGGGUGAACUUGGAUCGAGGAAGUGCCAUGGUGGAUGAGUCGAUAAAAGAUGUAAGAGAAGAUCCGCGGUCAUGUAUGGAUGAAUGAAUGGUGGUAAUAACAUUUUGGGUUGCCAGAUUGUUGUGCAGCUCAUGUGAACAACUUCUGGACUCUCAGUUCUCACCAUCAUCCUCUGGCGUAUUUGGGAUGCUAGAAGUGAUUUCGUCUUCCGCA